ACAGAGGGGGUAGCCAGACUCCUCUCCUCUCUCCUCCAUUCUGUCUCAGAGGUGGAUUCCAUGCAAUCGGAUUUUCUUCAUUAAUCGGCUAUUUUCAUUCACAUGGCAAGCGCGCAGGGAGUAUUUUAAGGGUAGGAGAUCCCUCUUGGUGGCGACAUUACAGGAGAUGGAGAGAGCCUUUGGUCAGCCUCAUCAGCUACUGUAAGGCACAUCAAGAUUGAGCCAGUCAGUACCAUGGACCUUUAGGAGCAGUAAUGGCAACUUGCUGUACUUCUCGCUCUGAUUGGAUAGACUUGUAGCAUGCGUUCCCUACGUAAGACUUUGCUGUUAGCUCUGGUAGCAUCAGUGGUGCUGGUUUUGGCAGUGCUACAUUCUUGGCCCACUCGGGUCUACAGCACUGUGGAUGUCCGGUACAGACCAGGUCCUGGAGCUGAGCGGAUGUUGGAGGAGAGACUUCCUGAACUAGAUCCCAGCACUAGCACCAUCCCUUACCGAGUGAGGGAGAGUGUGGCCAGGCUUUUGGCUCGCAAUGGCUGUGUUUGUGAAGGAGACAGCAGAGGGGUCAACCUGCCCUUUGCUCAGCUGUUGUUCCCUAGAGUGUCUGCCCAUCCGCUGCACACUGCCUUCCAGGCCUCCCAGCUCCAUGAGAUGAAGAAACGGCGUGCCAAAGAGUAUCAGAGCUUUCAGAUGAGGUCACAGACCCCUUCUGAUCUGCUGAUUGUAGCUGAAGCUAACAAUCCUCUGCAGUAUCCAACCCAGGGUGUGGAGGUGCGGCCUCUUAAAACAAUCCUUAUACCAGGUUUGGCCUUAAAAGAGCUGCCACAAGAUGAAUAUACUCUGAACUUUUCAGCAUCUUUGGGUACAUUUAAUGUGGCAGCAGAGGUGGAGGGGGUAAAGGUCACGGGUGAUGGUGAGAUGCACAUGACCCUGAGCAGCAGCCUUUUGUCCAGUCUGAAUCGACAGCUCCAGUUUAUCACAUAUACUAACACAUUGUUCCACCCCAGCACAGCUGACACAGUGCAGUUAGACACAGAAGGACAUCAAGCUCUGUUUACCGUCAAGAUCCGUCAUGGAGUUACACCCAAACUCUACAACACAGGCUCUGAUGCAGAUCAAGAGUAUAACAUCAGUGCUCUUGUGACCAUAGCAACUAAAACCUUCCUGCGCUAUGACAAGCUCCAAGAUUUAAUUGACAGCAUACGCCAGUACUAUCCAACAGUUACAAUAGUGAUAGCAGAUGACAGUGAGCACCCGAAAACAGUAUCAGGCCCAUAUAUUGAACAUUACAUCAUGCCCUUCGGAAAGGGCUGGUUUGCUGGUCGUAAUCUGGCCGUGUCACAGGUCACCACCAAAUAUGUGCUAUGGGUGGAUGAUGACUUUAUUUUUACUACCAACACAAAGCUGGAGAAGCUGGUGGAUGUGCUGGAGAAAACCACACUUGACCUGGUUGGAGGAGCAGUGCGUGAAGCUACAGGCUACACUGCUACCUACAGGCAGACUAUCUCAAUUGAAGCUGGAGAGGAAGAUGGGGACUGUCUGCACAUGCGGCGAGGCUUCCAUCACAUCAUCCAGGGCUUUCCUCACUGUGUUGUCACUGAUGGAGUCAUCAAUUUCUUUCUUGCCAGGACAGAUAAAGUGCAGCAGGUGGGCUUUGACCCCCGGCUUGCCCGUGUUGCACAUUUGGAGUUUUUUAUAGAUGGACUCGGCUCCCUGCAUGUUGGGUCAUGUGAUGAUGUCAUUGUGAACCACGCUACCAAAAUCAAGCUGCCAUGGGGACAGUCAGAAAGUGACAAAACUUACGCAAAGUUCCGCUACCCUCCUGCUUCAUCUGAUGCGACACACACCAAAAAUGGCCUCUUGUACUUCAAAAACCGCUUCCAGUGUCUAACACACAACUGAACACACCCUGACUAUGCCUUCUUAUCUUUCUCUCAUCCCCCCUUAAUUGAAUACUCUCUCCCCGAGUAGCUAAAGGGACCUCUGAAGACACUGGAAGUGUGCUGUGUAUGUACUGUAUUUGGUCCAAUGUGAGUAUGGGGGAGUUCAAACAAGUCUGUUCUUUUGGAAAUGGUCAUAAUGUGAUCACACAUGACUGACGGAUGAGAUGCACAGUCAUGGCUGGUUAAUAUUUUUUUGAUACCUGAAGAUGUUGUAUUUUUGUGUCUCCUUUCUUUAGCUUUAUUUUUGUUCACAAGAAUUCUUUAGAUGCUGAUCAAACCAUUCUGUAAAUUAUGCACAGCCUUCUUUUUCUCCUUAGCCAAUUGUGUUUCAGUAUCACAUUUAAAGGGAUAAUGAGGGGAAAAAAGUAUUCUGUCAUCAUCUACUCAUGUGGAUGUUGUUUAAAAUGCAUAUAACCCAGUGAGCUGCAUAGAUAAAGGUAAUUUGUAGGGGGUCACAGACAGA